GCAGGCGGAGCGGAGCGGAGCGGGUUCGGGACUGAGCUCGGACCGCGAGGAGAGGGAUCCCGCUGCGGUUUCCACAGCAGGAUGAAAGCUCAGCUCUGAACAUCACCUCAGUAUGACAUCAUCAGGCCCUGCCCUAUCCUCUCCCCCCCUCCACCAUCAUCAUCAUCUUCAUUACCUUCACGUCUUCUUCUGCACUUUCUACCAAUAUCAUCUGUGGCCCCGCCUACUGCUAUCUCUCUGCCUCUGGACUGGCGGACAGGUGGUCCAGGUGAGCGCUUCUCACCAGCACUUCCACCCCCACUCCAUAAAGAUACCAGGUGACAUCACUCUGGGCGGGCUGUUCCCCAUCCAUGCCCGCGGACCCCACGGUGUAAAUUGUGGGGAGCUAAAGAAGGAAAAGGGGAUCCACCGCAUGGAGGCCAUGCUGUACGCUCUGGACCAGAUUAACAGCGACCCUGAGCUGCUGCCAAAUAUCACACUUGGGGCCCGGAUCCUGGACACCUGCUCCAGAGACACCUACGCUCUGGAACAGUCACUCACCUUUGUUCAGGCUCUUAUCCAGAAAGACACAUCCGACAUUCGCUGCUCCAAUGGCGAGCCGCCCAUCAUCCGAAAGCCGGAGAGGGUGGUGGGAGUGAUCGGAGCGUCAGCCAGCUCUGUGUCGAUCAUGGUGGCCAACAUCCUGCGGCUUUUCGAAAUCCCUCAGGUGAGCUAUGCGUCCACAGCUCCGGAGCUCAGUGAUAACAACCGGUACGACUACUUCUCCAGGGUGGUUCCUCCGGACUCAUACCAGGCUCAGGCCAUGCUGGACAUCGUCAAAGCCAUGGGCUGGAACUAUGUGUCCACCCUGGCCUCGGAGGGUAACUACGGAGAGAGCGGAGUCGACGCCUUCAUGCAGAUCUCCAGAGAGGCUGGUGGGGUGUGUAUCGCUCAGUCGGUGAAGAUUCCUCGCGAGCCAACAGCUGGAGAGUUUGACAAGAUCAUCAAACGUCUGAUGGAGACGAGUAAUGCCAGAGGCGUGAUCAUUUUUGCCAAUGAGGAUGACAUCAAUGCCGGUACGAGUGUUUUGUUCAACGAGAACGGAGACGCUCCUGGACGCUACGAUAUCUUCCAGUUUCAGAUGACCAAUCACAGCCACCCCGGCUACCAUGUCAUCGGCCAGUGGACCAACAAUUUGAGAAUCAAUCUGGAGGAGAUGCAGUGGUCAGGAGGGGAUAGAUCCGUUCCAGAGUCCAUCUGUAGUUUUCCUUGUAACCCAGGAGAAAGGAAGAAGAUGGUGAAGGGGGUUCCUUGCUGCUGGCACUGUGAGCUGUGUGAUGGGUAUCAGUACCAGCUGGAUGAGUUUAACUGUGAGACCUGUCCGUCAGACAUGCGGCCGGUCCCCAACAGAACCGCCUGCCGUCCCACUCCCAUCAUCAAACUGGAGUGGAACUCUCCCUGGGCCCUAGUGCCUGCCUCUCUCGCUAUGCUCGGUAUCCUGGCGACCAGCGCUGUGGUUAUCACCUUCAUCCGCUUCAAUGACACGCCCAUUGUCAGGGCGUCAGGGAGGGAGCUCAGCUAUGUACUGCUGACAGGUAUCUUCCUGAUCUACCUGAUCACCUUCCUGAUGAUUGCGGAGCCAGGUGUGGUCGUUUGUGCAUUUCGGCGCCUCCUGCUGGGCCUCGGCAUGGCCAUCACCUACUCUGCCAUGCUGACCAAAACCAACCGCAUCUACCGCAUCUUUGAACAGGGCAAGAGGUCGGUGACCCCGCCCAAAUUCAUCAGCCCCACGUCCCAGCUGGUCAUCACCUUCAUCCUCGUCUGUGUCCAGGUCCUCGGUGUGUUUGUGUGGUUUGGCGUCGUCCCCCCUCACACCAUUAUCGAUUAUGACGAGCUCCGCCCUCCGAACCCUGACCUGGCCCGGGGCAUCCUCAAGUGUGACAUGUCUGACUUGUCAAUCAUCUGCUGCCUCAGCUACAGCAUCGUUCUCAUGGUAACGUGUACGGUGUACGCCGUGAAGAGCCGUGGCGUUCCAGAGACGUUCAACGAAGCAAAACCAAUUGGCUUCACUAUGUACACAACCUGCAUCGUCUGGCUCGCAUUCGUGCCCAUCUUCUUUGGUACCGCACAGUCCACCGAGAAGCUGUUCAUCCAGACGGCCACUCUGACCGUCUCCAUGUCUCUCAGUGCGUCCGUCUCUCUCGGGAUGCUCUACAUGCCCAAAGUUUACGUCAUCGUUUUCCAUCCCGAGCAAAACGUCCAGAAGAGGAAGAGAAGCUUCAAGGCUGUUGUCCAGGCUGCCACAUUGUCUCAAAAAUCUCCAAGUGACAAACAGAACGGAGAGACAAGGAUCGAACCUGACAGAACGCAGUAAUGCUGCAGUAAUACUACAAACUAAAGGUAGCUGUGGACCAAUCCCCAUGCAGAGCCUGAUGACAUCAUCAUGAAGAUCACAUGGUCACACACACACACACACACACACACACAGAACAACAAUACACUCAAGUGCAUAAUAUUAUGUCAAAAUGAAACUGCUGGAGCAUCAGGAGUUCCUGUGGGUUCAGGCAGAAAAUCAUCGCUCAUCUGUGAAGCUUAAAUACGAACAGGAAAUGUUACAGAGACGUGCGCUAAUUGGCUCAAAUGAUUGGCUGAAGCUUAGCAUUCAUCAUCAUGUUGACGCUCUGUUGUCACUAAAGAGAUAAUAUCAGUGAGGACAAAAAGUCACAGUGGAUCCUCUAACAUCUCAGAGGUCACGCUGAAGCGCCUGUAGCCUCUCCCUUUGAUUAAAGCCACACGGUGACCUUUCCACAGCUCUCAGAUAACAAAGUAACCUGAGAACUUCCUGCCUGAAAACAACCGACAACUUUACAAUACAAACAGAAGAUUUUUGUCUCAUGGAAGAGAAAACCUGAAUGGGUUAAACUGGUCUACAGUCCCGUUUGUGGCGUAUCCUGUGGUCAGUCUGAUUGGCUCAGCUGUUCAUCCCAAGGUCCCCCCUCCCCCCCUCCCGACUUUCAGAUAAAGCAACACCGGGAGCCUCAUUCAUAACCAUUACAUACGCACAGGCACAGGUAAUAUUUGUGAUCUAAACUCUUAUUUUGGAAACGAGGAAAAAUGAAACAGAAAUACGACACAUUUUAUUUCUCACUUUCAUCUUUCCAACUUAUUCCUAAACACUGAAAUCAGUCAUUUUAUCAUCAUUUUCUCCUGCGUUAAACCUUUCAACUAUAAUUCAACCAGCUUAAACUUCAAAUCAAAUUCUGUUUACCAC